AUGCACCGCCGCUCAAUCAAGGUCUGCGAAAGCGCGUUCCAUAAGCAUGCGCGUGAGCUCCCUCUUCACCUCAUCACGAAGGUGUGGAUGCUAGAAUGCACUCACGACGAAGCGGUGUCCGUCGAAUUGGAGCCAGUGUCGGUGACGGUGCUAUUCCCAUCGUCGACGGUAGUGUCAUCGCUGACAGCCGGGUCAGUGCUGGUGAUCGGCUCUGUGGUGACCGGCUCUGUGGUGAUCGGCUCUGUGGUGACAGGAUUCGGCAAGAAGGGAGGGAGGUUGAGGAACGGCAAGGCGGUCUCGAUUAUCUUGUUCAGUGUAGACCCGUUAUCCGGUGACGAUGUGGGCGGGUCGUUAUUUGUCGUUGUCGGCCUCGGGGAGGGCGUGCCAGAUCCUUUCGUCGGCGAAGAGCCGGAUCCUUUGGUGCUCGGGGACGACGGUCUCUUCGGGGCAGAACCCGGCCCCUUCCUCCCCUUUGUUGAGCCAAAUUUUCUAGCCACCUUGCCAGGCGAAGAAGAUUGGAUUUCCCGCGUGGUUGGUGAAGAGCGACCGGACAUCAUCAGGGUCCUCCAAGGAAGACAGCAGCGAGAGAUCAUCUCUAGAAGCACUAAAACAUGCUUAGGCUCACGAGAUGGACCUGCUCUCCAAGAACAUGGGAGCUGCGAGAACCGGAGCAGCAACACCUGCAAGAGCAAGAGCAAUAACGGUGGAGAUCAAAAGAUUCGUCUGAGAGGAAUUACGGCUCGUGAUAAAAAGACUCUAGGCAACCAGUACCUGCAAAAGAACGAAGCCCGGUCGGCAAAAUUAAGCGCGCUAGUUGGUGUCGCCUAUCAAGUUCAAGAUGAUGAAACGCAGUGA